AUGGCUUGUCGAGGUGUCUUCGGGCUUUCAAAGUUUCUUAAGAUUCCCAUCAAAACAGCUUCCUUUAGUAAAAUUACAACCGCUUCUGCCCUCACUAACAAAAGAUGGUUUGCGACUGAGACGAAACCUGCUCCUUCCGCCUCCACCAACCCCAGAGGCCGCAUUGUCGCCGUCAUCGGUGCCGUUGUCGACGUCCAAUUUGAUGACAAGCUUCCUCCUAUCCUUAAUGCCCUGGAAGUGCAAGGUCGCUCCUCUCGUCUCAUUCUCGAGGUUGCUCAGCAUCUUGGUGAGAGCACCGUACGUACCAUCGCCAUGGAUGGUACCGAGGGUCUUGUUCGUGGUCAAGAAUGUGUCGAUACCGGUGCUUCCAUCACCAUUCCUGUCGGUCCUGAAACCCUUGGUCGUAUCAUGAAUGUCAUCGGUGAGGCCAUUGAUGAGCGUGGUCCUAUCAAGUCCAAGAUGACUGCGUCUAUUCAUCAGGAUGCACCUGAAUUCGUUGAAAUGAGUACAAGUCAGGAGAUAUUGGAGACUGGAAUUAAGGUUGUUGACUUGCUGGCUCCUUACGCUAGAGGUGGUAAGAUUGGUUUGUUCGGUGGAGCUGGUGUCGGUAAAACUGUCAUUAUUAUGGAGUUGAUCAAUAACAUUGCACGAGCCCAUGGUGGUUACUCCGUCUUUGCUGGUGUUGGUGAGCGCACUCGUGAGGGCAACGAUCUCUACCACGAAAUGAUCACUACCGGUGUCAUUGAUCUCAAAGGAAGUAACUCAAAGGUGUCUCUGGUCUAUGGUCAAAUGAACGAGCCUCCGGGUGCUCGUGCUCGUGUCGCCCUGUCUGGUCUCACCGUUGCCGAGUACUUCCGCGAUCAGGAAGGCCAGGAUGUGUUGCUUUUCAUCGACAACAUUUUCCGUUUCACGCAAGCUGGAUCCGAGGUGUCUGCUCUACUGGGUCGUAUCCCUAGCGCUGUGGGUUACCAACCCACUUUGGCGACUGAUAUGGGUACCAUGCAGGAGCGGAUCACCACCACGAAGAAGGGUUCGAUUACAUCUGUUCAGGCCAUCUACGUGCCUGCUGACGAUUUGACUGAUCCUGCUCCGGCUACAACAUUUGCUCACUUGGACGCUACCACCGUAUUGAGCCGUGGCAUUGCCGGUCUCGGUAUUUAUCCUGCCGUCGAUCCUCUUGAUUCUGUUAGUCGUAUCCUGGAUCCAAACAUUGUUGGCGAGGAGCACUACACGGUUGCUCGUGGUGUGCAGAAGAUUCUUCAGGACUACCGUUCGCUGCAAGACAUCAUCGCCAUUCUGGGUAUGGACGAGUUGUCUGAGGAGGAUAAACUGACCGUGGCGCGUGCUCGUAAGAUCCAGAAGUUCCUCUCUCAGCCCUUCCAGGUGGCCGAGGUCUUCACUGGCAUGGAGGGCAAGCUGGUCAGUCUGCAAGACACGAUUAAGAGCUUCAAAAAGAUUCUCUCCGGUGAGAUGGACCAGUACCCUGAAGCUGCUUUCUACAUGGUCGGUGGCAUCGACGACGUGGUUGAGAAGGCCAAGAAACUCGUCGCUGAGCACUCGUAG